AUGGUCUGCGCGGGAGCCUUUCGCCACCGACCCAUGGGCCGGUGUCCGCCGACGCCCCUCGCCGGCGCCCCUCUCCCUGCGCCUCCGGCGCGCGUUACUUUGGGCGAUGUUCCGCGCGGCCUCGGUCGCGCUUUUUCGCCGCGCGUGACGGUGCCGAGAACCGUGCUGCGGUCGGCCGUCGAAUCCCUGACUGCCCCAUCUGCCGCGAAGCCCGGAGAGGAGGAUGAAGCCGCCUCGCAAGAUGAGACGUUCCAAUGGACCCAGAAUUGGUAUCCAAUCAUUCCGUUGGAUCUGCUAGAGGAGAGCCAGGGGCAGGGGUUCGACAGCGGGCUGCCGCAGAUCCAGAGGCAGGCCAUCCUGGGGCGGGACAUCGUGCUGUGGAAGGACGCCGAGGGGAAGUGGCGGGCCGUGGAGGACCGGUGCUCGCACAGGCUGGCGGCCCUGUCGCUGGGGAGCGUGCAGGAGGACGGCACCCUGGCGUGUCGUUACCACGGCUGGUGCUUCAAUGGCAAGGGAGAGUGCACCCGGAUUCCCCAGGCCGUUGACGCCGCCUCUGAGGCCACUGCUUGUGCCAGCUCUCGUUCCAGUGUCCAGGCAUUCCCCACACUCGAGGCGCAUGGCCUUUUGUGGGUGUGGCCUGAUGACGGCCCCUCCGCUUGGGAGGAAGCCUCUUCUGCAGAGCCUGUUGUUGGCAGAGUUCAAGGCCCUAAGGCAAACUGGGGCGUGUUGGAUCUGCCUGUGUCGUACAUUACGUCGGUGGAGAAUGUUGUAGAUCCAAGCCACGGAAACUUCGUGCACGAGGGCCUCACCAUCUUUGGGUCGAAAUUCAGCCCACGCCAAAAUCGCCCAAUCGACAUGUUCAAGGCCUUAAGGCGCCCCUCUGCAAAGGGCGGCAUCCAGCUUAACUACACUGCCCCUUCGAAGGAUGACAAUGCCGCCAUUCAGACCGUGCAAUUCAGGCCGCCAACCCUGACUUCCAUACAGUUCGAGCCCGGUGGUAUGGAUGCGAGCUUUGAGCUUCUCUGGGUACCAUUACGCCCAGGCCUUACUCGUACGUUGGUCGGCGUCUCCAUGGAGCCACCAAAGGCGUCGACAGAGACGAAGGCGAGCAUUUUGCGGAAGGUUGUAUCGGCAAUGAAGAUAAUUCCGCUCAUUUUUGGCAUCAUCCAGACGAGCAUCGUCCCGAAAUUUCUGAUGCACAUCUACCAACAGAAUUACAUCAACCGGCAGGACAUGAUGGCAUUGCACAGUGAGGAUCUUGAACUAUUUAG